GUAGGAACAUAUUGUUUCCGACUUGGCUUGUCGAAGAGAUUUGAGAGUAGAACCCAUGAUAAUAAGGAACGGCGUGAUAGUGGCGUAAAUAAAAAUCGCCACAUUUAUUGAAUUGGCGACAUUAAAUAACGUCUUACAAACAAGUCGAGGAAUUUCAUUACACUACAACAAUGGAUGUGCUCCAGAGGAGAGUGGUUCAGGAGGAUGCAGUACAGUACAAACUCUUUCUGACGCAUCCCAUCAGUUCUACGGUACAACACAUCGAGGAACACCUGUCGGGUCUUGUAGAGGAGAUCCUUGCAAAAAUAGCGCCUCUGUCCAUGCAGUACAUCUGGCAGAAUCAGCCAUUCAACAUCAAGUAUUAUCCUGAGAAAGGGGGUGUUCCAGCUCAUAUCGGUGGCAGCACCCAGUUUGGCGAUAAUGUGGAGGAUGAGUGGUUUAUUGUUUACCUUCUGAAGAAAAUUACAGAGGCUUUUCCGGAACUUGUUGCAAGAGUUGAGGACAACGAUGGGGAAUUCCUUCUAAUUGAAGUAGCAGAUCAUCUCCCAAAAUGGCUGAAUCCGGAAACCAGUGAGAACAGGGUGUUCCUCUACCGCGGCGCGUUGCAUCUCCUGCCCUGCCCUUCGCGUUCCAGUCCGACGGGGAUCCAGAAGGAUGUGGUACCAAGUGUUCCAGAAGCUCUAGCACUACUCUCCUCCCAGCCAGAAGCAUGCCGGGCAAGCCCCAAGAUUACUUGCGUCCUGGAUAAGCGGCUGGAUAGGUAUCCAGAGAAGAUUGCAGCCAGCCUGCACCGUGCCCACUCCUUUGUACCGGUGGGGGUGGCCAUGGUUUUGGAGCAGCGGCCUGAUCUUGUGGCCCCCGCCGUGUCCGCAUUUUACCUGCGAGACCCCAUCGACCUCCAGGCCUGCAGAAAUUUCAAGAACUUCCCUCCUGACACACGGGUCUUAACCUCAGUGACGUUCACUCGGUGCUUGUACGCUCAGCUGCAGCAGCAACACUUCGUCCCAGACAGGAGGAGUGGCUUCACCAUGCCUGCGCGCACGGACCCGCUGUACAAAGCACACGAGCUUGGCAUGAAGCUGGCUCAUGGCUUCGAGAUACUGUGCUCCAAGUGCAGGCUGCCGUCUUCGGGGGGCGACUCCCCGGUCAGCUGUAACUCUCAGUGGAAAGGGUUUCUGCAAAGUCUGAAAAGCAACGGUUACUUCCGGGAAGAGAUGGAGGGUUCGUCACAUUGGAGAGUGCUGAUGACAUCGGCAGAAAACUUCUUUAGACAGUCGGUCGCCUCAAAACCCAGUGAGAUGUCUCCGGGGGAGGAGGUUCUCCAACUGCUGAGCUCCUGUGGUCCCAUUGACGCGGAGGAGUUGAGGAAACAAGAGGCACAGCUCCCGCAAGAGGACAGUGACAGUUGGCUGGAUGUCACCGCCCAGGAUUUGGAACUCAUGCUUGAGGAAAGGUCCGGGUCCGGACCAGACACUACACCCGGCAAACGCCCUCAGCCCGGCAGGCAAGCGGAGUACGCUGGGAGAACGGAGACGGAGGACAGCGAGGAAGGAGAGGAGGCCGGUUACAGUCUGCUGGGGGUCAGCCGGAGGAUGGAGGGAUUCCUCAAUGCCAAGUCAUCAUACAUGGGGGCCGAGUUACCUUGCUCUUCAUGCGAUCAUCCUUUCACCUACGACACAGCAACCGUCAUAAGUGAACUGGAACUAAUAUUAGACACAAGUGACGUAGAAACGCUAGAUUCGGAUGAUCUUUACGAAGAUGAGUGGGCUGUAGUCGGGGAGGAGGAUGAAGAGCUAGACGAGGGACCCUCUGCUCCUGGGGAAAUAAAUGGGAUGGAGGCUUUGGAUACUCUUAAAGGAUACAUGGACCAAAUGGACCAGGAGCUGAUGAACACACACAUCGGGCAGAGCUUUAAUCAGACGACGUCUCCGUCCGCCCAUCCACUGGCCACAGAGGGCCUCCUGAACCCGGCUGAGGAUGCGGAGAUCCAGCCUCUCGACGUGGACCUCAACCUGGUCAGCAACCUUAUGGAGUCUCUCAGCUGCCAGGAUGGGCUGACCGGACCCGCCUCCAACUUGCUGCAGAGUCUGGGGAUACACCUCCCCCCGAACUCGGACCGCUCAUAGCGGCCAGUGAGUCCAUAAUGAGUGAGGAAAAGUUGUUACUCAAAGCGAAAGGAAGAAUGAACAAUUUGGGACUCUCUAGAUGCAUCUGCAGUUAUUAUAUAACGUAAAAUACAUCAAAGUUGUGGUGAAUGAAUACACCAUUCUAAUAAGGUGGACUUUUGAAAGAAAGAAUGUGUAGAGAUAAUUUGACACUGCUUAACAUUUGGUUGGC